AUAUUUUUUUUAAUUGUUGUUGGUUGUUUUCCACCUUUAAUUUUUUUUAUUUUCAGCCAUGGCUACUACCAAUUUAAAAGAAGUGAGUCAAAUGUUUGACACUGUCCUCAUUUUGGACUUUGGAUCUCAAUACUCUCACUUGAUUACUCGUCGUGUACGUGAGUUUGGUGUCUAUUGUGAACUUUUACCUUGUACACAAAAGAUGGCCGAUCUUCAUUUCAAGCCCACCGGUAUCAUUUUAUCUGGUUCUCCUUACUCUGUAUACGAUACCGAUGCACCUCGUGUUGACCCUGCUGUCUUUGACUACGGUGUUCCCAUCUUGGGUAUCUGUUAUGGUCUCCAAGAGAUGACCAACUUGAUGGGUGGUAAAGUAGAAGGUUGUACUCACCGUGAGUACGGUUAUGCCAUGCUCAAUUUGAACAAGCAUCCUCAAAACCCCAUGAUGGACGCUCUUUUCAACUCCUUGGACGGUGAGGCCGAAGUUUGGAUGUCUCAUGGUGAUCAAGUCACCGCUGCCGCUCCUGGCUUUGAAGUCAUUGGUCAUACCAAGACCGCUCCCUUUGCCGCUGUCGCUCACACCGAGAAGCCCUUCUACGGUAUCCAAUUCCAUCCUGAAGUCACUCACACCUCCAUCGGUAAGACCGUCUUGAAGAACUUUGUGAUUGAUAUCUGUAAAUGUGAUGCCUCUUGGACCAUGGAGUCCUUCAUCGAUAAGGAAAUUGCUCGUAUUCGUGCUCUUGUCGGUCCUACCGGUCGUGUCAUCGGUGCUGUCUCUGGUGGUGUUGAUUCCACUGUUGCUGCUAAAUUAAUGCACGAAGCCAUCGGAGAUCGUUUCCAUGGUAUUCUCGUUGACAACGGUGUCAUGCGUUUGAACGAAUGUGCUAACGUCAAGAAAAUGUUGGUGGAUAAGAUGGGUAUUAACCUCAAGAUUGCUGAUGCCUCUGACUUGUUCUUGGAUCGUCUUGCUGGUGUCACUGACCCUGAGAAGAAGAGAAAGAUUAUUGGUAACACCUUUAUUGAGGUCUUUGAAGCUGAGGCUGCUAUCAUUGAUAAGGAAUGUGGUGGAGAAAUUGAAUACUUGUUGCAAGGUACUUUAUACCCUGAUGUCAUUGAAUCUAUCUCAUUCAAGGGUCCCUCUGCUACCAUCAAGACCCAUCAUAACGUCGGUGGUCUCUUGGCCGAUAUGAAGCUCAAAUUGAUCGAACCCUUGCGUGAACUCUUCAAGGAUGAGGUCCGUAAAUUGGGAUCUCUCUUGGGUCUCGAUGAUGAAUUAGUCUGGCGUCAUCCUUUCCCUGGACCAGGUAUCGCUAUUCGUGUCCUCGGUGAAGUCACACGUGAACAAGUUCAGAUCGCUCGUUUGGCUGAUAACAUUUAUAUUGAGGAAAUCAAGAAGGGUGGUUACUAUCGUCAAAUCUCUCAAGCUUAUGCUGCUUUAUUGCCUAUUAAGGCUGUAGGUGUCAUGGGUGAUAAGCGUACCUACGAACAAGUCAUUGCCUUGAGAGCCGUCGAGACCACGGAUUUCAUGACUGCUGAUGUCAUGAUUGGCGCUGAAUGGUUCUUGACCUUGAAGCGUAUUUCUUCUAGAAUUAUUAACGAAGUGAAGGGUGUGAACCGUGUUGUGUACGAUAUUAGUUCCAAGCCUCCUGCUACCAUCGAAUGGGAGUAAAAAAAAAAAAAUCUUGUUUAUUAUUUAAAAUUGUGUAUAGAGAAAUAAAAAAAAAAUUAGAAAUUC